UUUCUCCCUCACUCUCUCUCUCGGUCUCUUCCCGUGAACAUCCUCUCUUGUUAACACGCGCACCUUCCUUCCUGCCACUCACUCAGCCUCCGUCUGCCAGGGAGAGGACGCAUUUCUCCUUUUAACAUAAUAAAUUCAUAACCGAGGGGGGAGUUUUAGGCACUUUCUCCAAGAAAAGACGUGACAUCUGGUGAAUAACAGAGGACGACAAAAGAUGCUGGAUCGCUGCUGCCGAAAAGUCCAGUCGUUGCUCUUUGGAUGCCUGGCUUGUCUGGUGCUGGCCUCUGUUGUAAACGCAGACGGUCGAGUGUUUGUGUUGGACCUGAGGAACUCCUCCGGCCCGCAGGGCUUCAGAGAUGCUGAGCGAGCCUGCGCCUCACAACACGCCCGUUUGGCCUCAGCCGAGGAGCUCCGUCACGCCGUGGUCGAGUGCUUCUUCUCCCCCUGCACCCGCGGUUGGCUUCACGGAGGCAAAAUAGGGACCACUGUGUGCAAUAUUGUUGGCAGUGCCCUGAAAGCAGUGGACGUAAGGAUGGAGAACACUACAGAUGUCCCUGCACAUCUGGAUGCCUUCUGUAUCAAAGAUAAAGACGUCCCCUGCGGCGACCCGCCGUCCUUUCCCAACGCUCGCCUGCAGGGACACUCUGGCUUUGAGAUGGGAGACGAGCUCCUCUACACUUGCGUCCCAGGAUACGUGAUGCCCAGCGGACAGUCUGCCUUCAGCCUGCUGUGCGACAGCUGUGGGGAGUGGUACGGACUGGUGCAGAUCUGUGUCAGAGAUCAAACUGAAGGCCACGUUGACUACGAGGACAAGUUCAUUGAUUCUCACGGAGCAGCAGAGCGAAAUGACGAGAGGCCAGAGGAGGCACACGGGGAAGUGUUGGAGGAGGUGCAUCCGGAUGAACAUGGAGAGCUGGAAGUGUUGGGGGAGGUGAUUGAUCAGAGCAGGGCGUUUGAAGGAGCUGUAGAAGAAGGAGACAGAACUGAGGAGAGGGCUGUGGAGGACUUCAUUGGCCAUCCCCGGUGGGAGCAGGAGAUGACCGAGGUGGCGAGGACCGACACAGCUGCCGCGACGGAAGCGCCUGUCUCUCUUUUGUCCCAGAAACACAUGUUCUGGUUCCCUUCCGAGGCCUUCCAGGAGGAGGGGUCUCCUGUCGCCGCCGAUCCGGUCGCACAGACAACACAGAGAGCCUCAGGCGGUCAAUCGGAAGAAAGCAAAGAGCUCAAGAGUCUAGAAGGACCUGAUGAUCAACGUCCUGUUGAUUUUGAUGAUCAUGAUGAUGAAAGAGACAGAGAUGAUGACCACGACGGCGUUGACCGAGACGACAGCCGCCACGACGAACAGGACAUCCAGGACAGCCACUACGACGAAGACGAUAAAGACAGUCACUUUGUUGAUCCAGACGAAGGCGACAGUCACCAGCAGGAAGAUGUCAAGCACCCGGCUCAGUAUGAUGACCUGGACACACGGGAACGCCAUGACGACGACGACGAUCACGAUGACCAUUAUGACAUGGGCGAACACGAAGAGGACAACGAUCGCGUUCAUUACGGCAGCCGGGAGAUCGACGAUGGAGACGACACUCCCGAUGAACAGGAAACCUACAAAGAUCACGACGAUAUGACCGAUGACCACGAGGGGGAAGGCAGUGAACAUCCUGAAGUGUCUGAGGAGCAAUCAAAAUACGAUGACCACGACGAUCAUGACGACCACGACGAUCAUGACGACCACGAUGAUCAUGACGAUGGGAAGGAACUGUCUGACACGGAUGAAGAUGAUCAUCAUGACCAUGAUGAUCAUGAUGACCAUAUACACAAAGACGAUGAAGAUCCCGACAGCCACGAAGAUGAUUAUGGUCGUCAGCGCGAAGUCUUGUCUGUACCAACAAACGAGCGUCAAAACUUCACUCAGAAGGAAACGGGAGGGAAAGUCACCACGGACGAGAUGUGGCUGGACGGCUACCCUGUCGUUCAGGAGGAAACGGAAGGCGACUCCACAACGGAGGGGUCUAAACCAGAGGACAGAGAGAGGGGGAGUGUUGUCAAGGCAACAGAUACACCCAACGAAGUGGAAAUCCGGAAACCCGGUCCUUACGCCACCUCGUCAGAAGAGCAGGCAUCGCCAACGGUUCCCGAAUCGGAACAGGGCGAAGUGGAGGAGGAUCUGUGGCCAGGUUUCAUCGGGACAUCUGCGCCUGCAGGCGACCCUUUAGAGCCUUCAGACUCCCCCUCCUUCUCCGACACCCUGGACUACGACACGCAGCAGGCGGCUCCUACCCACUCGUGGCUGGGUGAUCUGACCGAGCACCCGUUCCUCGACCACGGCCCGGCUCCACCGGUGCGGGACGACGACGACGUCUUCGCCGGAGUGAUCGAGGAGCACACGGUGCGCAACCUUCCCGGCGAGACCGGCGACAGGGGGGAGGUGGAGGGGGAGAUGGAGGAGACGAUCUGCGCGGGCGAAGACUGUCCCCCCAACACACCCGCCUCCUCUGCCAGAGGGCCCACAGUGGCCGCCAUCAUCGUGGCAGUGUGCGCCCUGGCCACCGCCGUCAUCGUCGGGGUCUGGUGUUACCAAAGGCAACAGCGAAAGAGUUCAAUGUAUGAGAUGAACGGAAAGGGCCAAAGUCAGAGCAGACAGGCCCAACAGAUAGAGAUGCAGCAGAAGGUGUAGGAGGGAGCGAUGAGUAGAAGGACUACGGUAAAAGGCAAUGAGAGGAGGAGAGCACAGCUCCUGAUCUUGUUAGAAAUGAAUGCAUAUUUGAAGAUCUUGCAGAGGUAUGAACGGAUUACUUCUACGAAAGAGGAAAAUCUGGCACACUGGUCAAGAAGAGGCAAAAGAAUACUACCUGACGCUUAAUGCAGUACGAAGCAGGACGGCGAGCUUUCUCUUCAUUUUUCAACUCCAAGGAAAUACACUUGUCCUUGUUAUACCUUUCCAUUAUUUUCAAUGUGUCGGCAUCUAGCUGGACACACGAAGGAGCUGUGACUGGGCUGGACUCAACCCCAGGAACUGUGAGUGGAGAUCAUGAAGAAACGAUGGCGUUGGUGAACCUUCCUGAAUACGAAUAUGAACUGAGACUUUAACCUCCAAAACUAUUGGACGUUGUGGUAAAGAUUAUUGUGUUACUUUGCUGUUGUUUUCAUUGACUCUGACCUAAUUUUUAUUGUUUGGAUUUAUUUUUUUUUUAAUCUACAGCCUUGUUUUGUGUGUUGUUUGUAUAAAAACUGCAGUCAUCACCUGAGUGAACAUUUCAGAGCAGAUUUUGAACAGCUUGGCAAACUCCAGGUCUGGUAGGCUGACAGGAACAAUCAACAAAGAGACGAUGGUUAAUGAUGGCUGUGAAGAAAGGUAUGAUGGGAAGGAGGCGAUGAGAGAGGCCAAAGAAAGGAGGAAGCGAGCGUAGCAGUGUGAUGGGAGGAAACUCAUGAGACUGUUCCGUCUCUGUUGGUUUUGACAGUCGGCUGGUGAAACAUACAGACGCAUGAAGACUGCAGACUCAGCUCUAUGGACGUGUGUGAGGAAAAAGUGUGAAUGUGUUUGUGUGUAGUCCCGUUUUCCUGUCUUUGUGGGGUCCAAUAACUUGGGUGUACAUAGUCUUGUGGGUCUGGCUUAACUUAGGGCCAUAAAAUGCUAGGAAACCACACAUAUCUGGCAGUAGGGUUACGGUCAAGGUUCAGCACUUAAUUGCGAAGAGACAGGAGGAUGCAUUGCAUCAACAACAGGACUUCACAAAGUUAGCGGUGCAAGAAUAUAUGUUUGUUUGUUUGAGUGAGUGAGCACACUGCACUGGCUGGAUCUGACAUACCUGGUGAACACUGGUUUAUAUGUAUUUUAGGGUUAAACUGGAGUUUAAGGGUUUAGGUUAGGAUUAGGGUUAGGAUCUAACAGCCGCGAUGAUCGAGGUGAGUACGGGACAAAGGAAUACAUUACAGCAAUGCGAAGGUAGAGCCAGUGUGUGUGUGUGUGUGUGUGUGUGUUGUGUGUGUUUUUCAGUGUUUCGGCAGAGUUUUCAACCUGGGUUAUUCAUCCUCGUCCAGGAACUCGUCUAUAA